UAGAGUGAACUCAAGAUGGCGAACAAAGAGGAGAGUUUCCGAAUCAUUUUGUUUUAUGGUUUUCGAUGCAAAGUAUACGUUUUCUAAUGGAUUAAUAACCAGAAUAUUUUUCCCUUGAAACACGAAAUGUGAAUCCGAGAGAAAGCUAUUUCAAAUGGACGACAACAGAAUCAGUAAAAGAGAGAUGAGCCUUUGUUACAAAGGGAAAGCUAUACUGGCACCAAUGGUUAGAGUUGGUACUCUGCCAAUGCGACUCCUUGCUCUGAAAUAUGGAGCUGAUAUUGUUUAUGCUGAGGAAAUAAUUGACUUCAAAAUUCUCAAGACAACCCGAAUUGAAAACAAACUUUUGGGCACAGUUGACUUUGUGCUCACUGAUGGAACAGUUGUGUUCAGGACAUGCGACGUAGAGAAACAACGGGUUGUCUUUCAAAUGGGUACAGCAGACUCAGAGAGAGCCUUGAAAGUUGCAAAACUCCUAGAAAAUGAUGUUGCUGGAAUUGAUGUGAACAUGGGUUGUCCAAAAGAUUAUUCUUGCAAGGGGGGAAUGGGUGCAGCAUUAUUGACUCAACCAGACACUGUGCGCAAGAUUCUCACAACGCUUGUGCAGGGAGUGUCAAAGCCAGUGACAUGUAAAAUAAGGAUUUUACCCACUGUUGAAGAAACAAUUGCUUUUGCUAAAAUGGUGGAGGAAACCGGUAUCGUCGCUCUGGCUGUUCAUGGAAGGGAAAAGCACGAGCGUUCACGAGAUCCAGUCCACAUUAAUGUCAUACGUGAAGUUGCCAAGGCUGUCUCUAUUCCUGUAAUUGCAAAUGGUGUGUCGCUAAUGAUAAAUACGUACAAAGAUAUUGAAAAAUACCGUCAGGAGACUGGUUGUUCCUCAGUCAUGUUGGCAAGAGCCGCUCAAUGGAAUCCUUCAAUUUUUAGGAAAGAGGGUCGCUUAUCUGCAUCAGAAGUGAUAACAGAGUACAUAAAACUGGCUAUAAACUUUGACAAUAACUUUGGGAAUACAAAAUACUGCCUACAGCGGCUGUUGCAUGAAGAUACAACGUCUACAGAGGCUCUUCAGCUUUUACAUGCUAAAUAAAUGCUAGAAAUCUGCGAAAUAUGGAAUCUUACUUCGUACUAUGAAGAUGCUGUUCAGAGGAGGACUCAUAAAAUGGAAACCAUGAAAGAUAACGAGAAUGAGAAGAGGAAACGAAAACGCUCGAACCUUUCAAGUGAAAUAACUGAAAUGAAAGUCAAGUAUCUCAGAAAAUUAUACACAGGUGGUGUCACACCUAAAGGGAUCCUUCUGGAGUGGUCAAGGCGAAACAGUAUCAAACAGCCCACCUAUGAAACCAUUGAAAGGGAAGAAGACAGAUGGUUUAAAAGUGUUGUUGUCGUCGGAGACAAGAAAUAUUCUUCAACGGAGUG